AUGUCGUCGCCGCUGGGCUUCACUCCAUGGCGGAGGAGGGCUCUGAGCUCGACCUCGCAGCGCGAUCAGGACCAGGCGCAAUUGCGAGGCGGCGAGCCCUCGAGCCCUCCUCAUCCUCACCACGGCCACAGCGCUCACCUCCCAAUUGCGACUCCGAGACCGUCCUCGAUAAAUUCUGUUCCUGGUCAUAGAGAGCCCAUCAGAUCCUUCAUCCAUGGAUCCGUGCGAGACAGCUUGGUCCCGAUCGACAGUAUCCAGAAUGCCCGAACCGUUCGCGAAGACACUGCAGAGCUUGCGACGUACUUGCUCUCCGACCCAAAGACUCUGCAGAGCCCGGCCUUUCUCCAGCGGGCAAGGUUUUCCCACCAGGAGGCUGUAGAGUCCGAGACCGGCGAUGAUGCGUCCACUCUCGACAACGUGCGCUCCUCGCAGACCAUCGUCGAGGUCUCGGAACCGCCGUCGCCAGAAGGCGAAGAUGCCGACACGGAGGCGCAUGCCGGGCCGUCGGUGCUAGCGAACCUACUCAAGAGGUCCCCUCCGCAGUCGGUCGUCCACGAUCAACAAGACGCCGACAAUGGCGACGAAAACGAAGACGGAAACCAGGCGCAGGCAGGAGAGUCUCGAAUCGAUCACCCAAUGGACGAUGCCACGGAGCAAACACCUCUGCUCACACGCAUCAUAUCGGGUGGUCGGCGAUCCUACAUGUCGGAUCUCGAGGGCCAAAAGGCUCCAACGAAACGGCCAUGGAUCACCAACCUUGUAGGAGUCGGUCACAAGAUGGAAGAGAGAAUGACCCAUAGCGUUGCCGUCGCUGUCAACCCAAGAAGAUGGGAUCACCGUGCGCUCUGGAACUCGGUGGUAGUCAACCCUGCCUCAUGCCUACCUGCUGUCGCUGUUGGACUCCUUCUUAACAUCUUGGACGCUCUAUCUUAUGGCAUGAUCCUUUUCCCUUUAGGAAAGCCAAUCUUCUCUCAUCUUGGUUCAGCGGGCAUCUCAGUCUUCUACGUUAGCACCAUUGUUUCGCAGAUCGCCUUUUCAUCCGGGAGUAUUUUCAAGGGCGCGGUUGGCUCUGAGCUGAUCGAAGUGGUACCCUUCUUCCACAAUAUGGCUGCAAAGAUCACCGAGGUUGUUGGGGAAGACAACCCCGAUGCCGUGAUCGCCACCACUAUUGUGUCAUUCUCGGUCAGCGCCAUGUUGACCGGUCUCGUCUUCUAUCUCAUGGGCCGAUUCAAGGUCGGUUACAUGGUGGGCUUCAUUCCCAGACAUAUCUUGAUUGGCUGUAUCGGUGGUGUCGGCUGGUUCUUGAUCGCAACUGGCUUUGAAGUCUCGGCGCGUCUCGAUGGCAGUCUUCAGUAUGACCUCAACACACUCAAGCAGCUGACAGACCCUGCAACUGUACCACUAUGGGUAACUCCCCUUGUCUUGGCCAUUAUUUUGUUUUAUGGACAGUCCAAGAUUACGUCCAAGUUCUUUCUGCCAUUGUUUAUUCUGGCGAUUCCCCUCAUUUUCUACUUUUUUGUAUUUGCGCUUGAUGCAUUGGACGUGGAUGACUUACGCAGCCAUGGCUGGAUAUUCCAAGGCCCUCCUUCUGGCGAGCCUUGGUGGUAUUUCUAUACCCUGUACAAGUUCAAACUGAUUCGAUGGGACGCUGUUGCGGAAUGUAUUCCCGCCAUGCUUGCCCUCACAUUCUUCGGCAUUCUACAUGUUCCAAUCAACGUUCCUGCUUUGGCCCUCAACUGCGGAGAGGAUCAUGCCGACCUCGAUAAGGAGCUGAGACUUCACGGUUACUCCAACUUUCUCUCUGGGUGCUUCGGUAGCAUCCAGAACUACCUGGUGUAUGCAAACACCGUCUUCUUUAUGCGAUCAGGCGGAAACAGCCGUCUGGCUGGCUAUAUGCUGGCAGCUGCGACAUUCGGCGUCAUGGUGAUCGGCCCAUCUCUCAUCGGAUUCAUUCCUGUCAUGAUGGUGGGUACUUUGAUCUACGAUCUCGGAUUUGAGCUGCUUCUCGAGGCUCUCUGGCUUCCUCGCAAGAAGCUCAAGUUGGCCGAGUAUCUAACUGUUGUGGUGAUUGUCCUGGUCAUGGGCAUUCACGACUUUGUUGUGGGCAUUGGAGUUGGCAUCUUGUUGGCCUUUGUGUCGCUCGUUCUACAGACUUCGCGGGUGUCUGCUAUUCGUGGGAACUAUUCCGGCGACAUUGUUACUUCGACCGUGAGACGCAACCCCUCACAACAUCACUAUCUGCACGAAGUAGGAAAGCAGAUCUACAUUGUCAAGCUCACAGGCUAUCUCUUCUUCGGAACCAUCGUCAGCGUGGAGGAGAAGAUUCGGGGCCUAUUGGAGGAGAGCACGUUUGCUAGGCAGCCGAUCAAGUUCUUGAUUUUGGACAUGUGGCACGUCACUGGGCUGGACUACUCUGCGGGUGAGGCCUUCAACACUAUUAGCCGUUUACUCGACAACAAGGACGUUAUUCUCGUCCUUAGUGGUGUUGACGCUGAGAGCCAGCUUGGUCGCAACCUGAGGGCCGUUGGACUCGGGAGUGAUGGUAUUGAGGUUCUGAUGCUGCCCAACCUCAACUCUGCCCUGGAGAGUUGCGAGAACGAACUUCUCAAGACCCUCUAUGCCAGACAGGAGGAGCUCAACUCCCUGAAGCGCAUAUCAGCCCAGAACCUAGAUGUGCCCGCGGCUAAGACGUCGGGCCUCUCGUCUUUCGACCCGCCUUUCAACUCACCACGACGCAACCACCUUGCUGAAGCUGCCCGCGAUGCUUUGAGCAGCCUUGAAGUUCAGCGUCCUACCAAGUGGCAGGGUUUCAAGGAACCUCUUCGUCUCAUGCUUCAGAUCUUCCAGGGGCUGAGCGAUAAGAAUGAGGACUUUUGGUUCCCUGCGACGACUUACUUUACACGACGGGAGUUCCCUGCGGGCACCGUCCUAUUCCGAAGGGGAGAGGAAGCUAACGGAUUCUAUAUGGUGGAACGAGGUAUCGUCCGCGCCGAAUACGACCUUCCGCAGGGCUGGCUGUGCGAAAGCAUCGUGGCUGGAACGACGCUCGGGGAAUUGCCCUUCUUUUCAGAGACUAACCGAACGGCCACGGCGGUCGUGGAGCGAGAUUGCGUGGUUUGGCUGAUGGAUAGGGACAACUGGGCCAAGAUCCAGAAGCAAGAGCCGGAUGUUGGACGGGAGCUGCUGAGGAUAUCGCUCAAGCUCACCAGUGAGAGGAUGACGGCCAUCACCUCGUAUAUCUUGACGACAGCGGGCUAG